GAAAGGAGGGAACCUUCACCAUCAACUGAGCAACGACCCAGGCAGAAAUGGCUCCAGGGUCCUGCCUGUCUCCUCUCUUCCUUGCUGUGAUCACCCUGGGACUGCAGUGGCCUCAGGAAGCUGCCACCUUCCCGGCCAUGCCCCUUUCCAACCUGUUUGCCAACGCUGUGCUGAGGGCUCAGCACCUUCACCUCCUGGCUGCUGAGACAUACAAAGAGUUCGAACGCACCUACAUCCCAGAGGACCAGAGACAUGCCAACAAGAACUCCCAGGCAGCCUUUUGUUACUCGGAAACCAUCCCUGCUCCCACCGGGAAGGAUGAUGCUCAGCAGAAAUCCGACAUGGAGCUGCUUCGGUUCUCCCUGGUUCUCAUCCAGUCCUGGCUGACCCCGGUGCAAUACCUAAGCAAGGUGUUCACCAACAACCUGGUUUUUGGCACCUCAGACAGAGUGUAUGAGAAACUAAAGGACCUGGAAGAGGGGAUCCAAGCUCUGAUGAGGGAGCUGGAGGAGCGGAGCCCGCGGGGUCCCCAGCUCCUCAAACCCACCUACGACAAGUUCGACAUCCACCUUCGCACCGAGGACGCGCUGCUGAAGAACUACAGCUUGUUGUCCUGCUUCAAGAAGGACCUGCACAAGGUGGAGACCUACCUGAAGGUGAUGAAGUGCCGGCGCUACGGGGAGGGGAACUGCACCCUCUGAGCCCGGGGCCGGCUCCCCCCCUGCUGCUGCCCCUCGCUGGCCGCGGCUGCCCCGCUCCCUGUUAGCAUCAGCGGAGAAUAAACGCUUCUGCC